GAUUCUUUGCUCAGACGCCAACAGGGAGUUUGAUUUGAGAAAAUGGCGUCUGUUGGCUUGAUGGUGUUUAGUGCACUGACAAAACAUUGAAGAAAUUCUACGAAAUUAUUUAAAAUGUGUGUCGUAUUAACGUAGUAUUACUGUUAGGAGUAAAUUGUUUUUGUGUUUGAAGAUGACAGCUAACAUGUAUCGUGUCGGAGAUUACGUGUACUUUGAGACGUCAUCGACGUCCCCGUACCAAAUUCGACGUAUCGAAGAGCUGAAUAAGACGGCAUCGGGCAAUGUUGAAGCGAAGGUGAUGUGCUUCUACCGUCGAAGAGAUCUGCCCAGCCAGCUGAUCCAGCUCGCCGACAAACACCAAUGUGCCUUAGACGAGUCAAACGGCAGCCCGGUGUCGGAUUCGGGCAGCAGAGGUUGCGAAUCUUUAAAUCCAAAGCAGAGGCACCAAAUGAAACACCGCGAGUUGUUCCUAUCCCGUCAGGUGGAAACGCUACCGGCCACUCACAUCCGAGGCAAGUGUUCUGUGACGUUGUUUAAUGAGACAGAAUCGCUCAGUUCCUAUCUGGGCAAAGAUGACAUGUUUUUCUACUGUCUGGUGUUCGAUCCGACCCAAAAGACGCUAUUGGCCGAUAAGGGUGAAAUCCGUGUAGGUAGCCGGUACCAGUGCGAUAUAACACCUCUGCUAAAAGAGGGCGAAAGUGACGAACGCGACCUCUCCGAACUCGAAACCCUAAUCUGGACUCCGGACCACAAUCUCACCGACCGACAAAUAGAUCAGUUUUUAGUCGUUUCGCGAUCGGUGGGAACGUUUGCCCGCGCCCUGGACUGCAGUUCGAGUGUGAAACAGCCCUCGUUGCACAUGUCGGCGGCGGCGGCCAGCCGGGACAUUACGUUGUUUCACGCGAUGGACACUUUGCAUCAUCACAAUUACGAUCUGGCAAGUGCUCUGUGUUCGUUAGUUCCUUCGAGCGGGCCGGUGCUGUGCCGGGACGAGAUGGAAGAGUGGAGUGCGUCAGAGGCUAAUCUGUUCGAAGAGGCGCUCGACAAGUACGGCAAGGAUUUCAACGAUAUACGUCAGGACUUUCUACCAUGGAAAACAUUGAAAAAUAUCAUCGAAUAUUAUUACAUGUGGAAAACUACGGACCGAUAUGUACAACAGAAACGCGUUAAAGCCGUUGAAGCUGAAUCCAAAUUGAAGCAAGUCUACAUUCCCAACUACAAUAAACCAAAUCCGGCCGCACUUAAUAAUAAUAAAGGUGUUGUCAAUGGUAACAGCAAUGGCAAUUCAGAUCCAGCUGUCUCGUUGGGGGGUAAAUCGUGCGAAUCUUGUAAUGUGACGGUAUCCACCCAGUGGUACGCUUGGGGCCCCUCUCAUAUGCAGUGUCGUUUAUGUCACCAAUGUUGGCAAUAUUGGAAAAAAUACGGCGGCUUGAAAAUACCGACUCGUUUCGGAGACGGCGAUUUCGAUAACGGUGGCAAGAAAAAAUCGGGAAGCGAUGUCGACGACGACCGCACGUCAGCCAUGCCUCACCGACCACAUCGUUGCAACAUCGGUGGAUGCGGCAAAGAGUUCAAACUUAAGGCCCAUCUCGGACGACAUUAUGCCACGUCGCAUGGCAUAAUGGUGCGUUCGGGCUCGCCACGACCUAUAAUGAAAACCCGUACAGCGUUCUAUCUGUUUACAACGCCAUUGACAAGGAUCUCUAGGAGGUUGUGCAGGCACAUAAUGAAACCUCGACAUGCGGCACGAGCCCCAUUCUUCGCUAUCAACAUCCAAGCCGUCAAACAGGAAUGCGCCGCUCAAAUGAUAGGCAAAUCGCUCGCCGAUCUCAAGCAGUUGUUGGUGUAUCGGAAGAAAAAUCGAGGAAGCGUCACGGCCAUUGCAACGAGAUUGGGGAAUCCCGGUUCUAUAACACCGCAAUGGCUCAUUUUGACUGAUAAAGAUAGUUUGCCAAAACCGGAGAAAGUGGCGUUUCCGAAGCCCCCGAAAGCACCCGAUGGGAGUUUAGUCUACGAGAGAGUACCCAAUAAACCGGAGGCCGACAAAAUACCACUCAAUAACAUGUCUCCGUCGCUAAAGAGGCGUGCGUAUGAUGAAAUGAACGGAAUUGACAGCUUCUAUUCCGAUCUGGAUUGGGAUGACGGUUCCGCGUUGAGUGCGCCGCCCCCGAAACGAUUAAACAAAGAUUCAAUUUCGAUGGUGCGUCCCGAUCAGUAUUCGAUGAUAUCGUCGUCAAUAGUCUCCGGGCAAGUGUUGCCAAGACAUAUAUCUCAGAUAAACGGUAAACCAAAAAUCGCACAUAUGACUAGGGCGGGUUCCGGUCGAAAGCAGGUCAUAAGUUGGAUGGAUGCACCCGAUGAUGUGUAUUUCAGAGCGACGGAAGGGAGCAAGAGGAUGAGAAGACAAGUUACGCUAGCAGAAUUGAGGAGAGCAGCUCGUAAACCGUGGAGACAAUUGAAAACCAAAAUGGAAGAACAUCCGAUUGUGGUACUUGAUUGACAAUAGAUUUGUGUAUAGACGUUCGUGUUGUCAUCAUCAAGUGCUCAGUGUACACAAAACUGUUGAACACCUCUAGCAACCUUUUAUUAAGCAAAUUGUUUUUAACUUGGUAAUUGUGUUUUUGAAAUCAUGAAGUGUCUUUUAUAAUAAUUUUACAAAUGCGUUAUGUUGUGUAUAUAAUAUUUAUACAGUUCGUUGUAUCAGGUAUUUAUUCUAAUAGGUAAAGCUAGGUGGUGAAGAACUGUAUAUUGUACAAUUUGUUUACUGGCAAUAAUCCAAGUAUUGGAAAAAACAUUGCGGGACUAGUCUUAUUGACAGUGAAAAUUAUGAACAUUGGACACAACUAUGUAGAUACCAUUCUAUUAAAUUGUGCUACUUGGAUAGGAUCAUAUUUCAAGUUGUAAAACGUAGAAUAAUUUACAUUUUUUUCAUAAAUAAACAAGCACUUAGAAUACA